CCCGGCGGCCGCCGCGCGCUGAGGCGCUGGGCUGGGGCUGUGGGAGGUCGGGGAGGGGGGGGAUCCCGGGGGUCACCGGACGGAACGGGGAGGGCGGGAUGGCGGCGCCGUGAGGAGCUCGCACUCCCUGCACGGACUGGAUGCCCACGGGCUGCAGGGCUCUGUCACACGCCGCCCGGGCCCUCAGCAGGGGCGCAGGGCUGUUCUCCCCCCUCGCACGGGUCUGCUUGCCCAGAGCCUUCUCCUGCUACGUGGGACUCGGCGCCGGGCACUGGUGCCAGCUGCUGUCACAGCCCGUGUCCCUGCAGGGCGGCGGGGCCGGGGCUUUCCCCUUCUCCCUGUUUCUGAGCCCUUGGCCGCGUCCAGCCUGCACGGCUGCAGCGGACAUGGCCGAGCAGAGGUACUGCGUGGACUAUGCCAAGCGCGGCACGGCCGGCUGCAAGAAGUGCAAGGAGAAGAUCGUGAAGGGGGUGUGCCGCAUCGGGAAGAUUGUCCCCAACCCUUUCACGGAGUCUGGCGGGGACAUGAAGGAGUGGUACCAUGUCAAGUGCAUGUUUGAGAAGCUGGACAAGGCCCGGGCCACCACCAAGAAAAUCGAAGACAUCACAGAGUUGGAGGGAUGGGAGGAGCUGCAGGAUGAGGAUAAAGAAUUAAUCAACAAGCACAUCUCAGAAGCCAAUUCCAAGGCUGGAAGUACCCCGAAGAAGAAGGUGAUAGUCCAGGCUAAACUCACUGCCACAGGACAGCUGACUACAAAAGACCUUGUCAAUCCAUCACCAAAGAAGUUCUCUGGCUUCACAGCCAAGCCAAAGAAUUCAGAAGCUGUCCCUGCAAACUCUUCCCACAAGUCCAGCCUGUCUGCAGCCAGGUGUGAUCCCAAGCACAAGGACUGUUUGCUGCGGGAGUUCCGGAAGCUCUGUGCCAUGGUGGCUGAAAAGCCGAGCUACAAUGUGAAAACACAGAUCAUCCAGGACUUCCUGAGGAAGGGAUCUGGAGGAGAUGGUUUUCAUGGUGAUGUAUAUUUGACCAUUAAGCUGCUGUUACCAGGUGUCAUUAAAAUAGUUUACAACUUGAAUGAUAAGCAGAUUGUGAAGCUGUUUAGUAGGAUUUUUAACUGCAACCAAGAUGAAAUGGUCCGGGACCUGGAACAGGGAGAUGUUUCCGAGACCGUCCGCAUCUUCUUCGAACAGAGCAGGACUUGUCCUCCAGCGGCCAAAAGCCUCCUGACCAUCCAGGAGGUCGAUGAAUUCCUGAUCCAGCUCUCAAAGCUCACUAAGGAGGACGACCAGCAAAGUGUGCUGCACCAGAUCAGUCGCAGGUGUACAGGCAACGACCUGAAAUGCAUCAUCCGGCUGAUUAAGCACGACUUGAAAAUGAACGCUGGAGCAAAGCACGUGCUGGAUGCGUUGGAUCCCAACGCCUACGAGGCGUUCAAGGCCUCGCGGAACCUGCAGGACGUGGUGGAGCGGGUGCUGCAGAACCAGCAGGAGGCCGAGAAGGUGCCGGGGCUGAAGCGAGCGCUGAGCGUGCAGGCCUCGCUCAUGACCCCCGUGCAGCCCAUGCUGGCUGAAGCCUGCAAGUCCAUCGAGUAUGCCAUGAAGAAGUGCCCCAAUGGCAUGUACGCCGAGAUCAAAUACGAUGGGGAGAGGGUGCAGGUCCACAAAAAUGGGGAUCACUUCAGCUACUUCAGCAGGAGCCUCAAACCCGUCCUCCCACACAAAGUAGCCCAUUUUAAGGACUUCAUCCCCCAGGCUUUCCCUGGUGGGCAAAGUAUGAUCCUGGAUUCAGAAGUUCUUCUGAUUGACAACAAAACUGGCAAGCCACUUCCUUUUGGGACUCUUGGCGUGCACAAGAAAGCUGCUUUCCAAGAUGCCAACGUUUGCCUGUUUGUGUUUGACUGCAUCUACUUCAACAACAUCAGCCUGAUGGACAGGCCUCUGUGUGAACGUCGCAAGUUCCUCCACGACAACAUGGUGGAAAUCCCCAACCGGAUCCUGUUCUCGGAGAUGAAGCACGUCACGAAAGCUUCAGAUCUGGCCGAUAUGAUCACCCGAGUGAUCCGUGAGGGACUGGAAGGACUGGUGCUGAAAGAUAUAAAGGGAAAUUAUGAACCAGGCAAACGACACUGGCUGAAGGUGAAGAAGGACUAUCUCAACGAGGGGGCCAUGGCUGACACAGCUGACCUGGUGGUGCUGGGAGCUUUCUAUGGACAAGGCAGUAAAGGUGGGAUGAUGUCCAUCUUCCUGAUGGGCUGCUACGAUCCCAAGAGUGAGAAGUGGUGCACUGUGACCAAGUGCUCCGGUGGCCACGACGAUGCCACCUUGGCGCGACUGCAGACGGAGCUGGACAUGGUGAAGAUCAGCAAGGAUCCUAGUAAAAUUCCACGGUGGCUAAAAAUAAACAAAAUCUACUACCCAGACUUCAUUGUCCCAGAUCCAAAGAAAGCCCCAGUGUGGGAGAUCACGGGGGCUGAGUUCUCCAAGGCCGAGGCCCACACUGCCGACGGGAUCUCCAUCCGCUUCCCGCGCUGCACCCGCAUCCGGGACGACAAGGACUGGCAAACGGCCACCAACCUGCAGCAGCUCAAGGAGCUGUACCAGCUCUCCAAGGAGAAGGCUGAUUUCAGCAUUGGUGCCGGGGAGGAGGAUGAGUCCACAGCAGGCAGCAGUGGAGAGAAUGAGGGGAAUUCCAGGUCUUCCACACCUCACAGCAGUAUUAAAACCCCCCCAAACAAGUCACCUGUGAAAGCCCAGAAGCCAGAAGAGAGCAAAGCAAUCCUUGCAUCCCCUCAGAAAUCCGAGGAGAAACGAGGGGAGAAGAGAAAAGCAUCGGAGAUGGAGGACAACGGAAAAAAGGUACAGUCGGGUGGAGAGCAACCACUGUGGGGUGGGAGGAGGCUGAGGCAGUGGAGUUGUCUGUUCACUUUUGCCUUCCAUCUGGAAAUCCAUCCCCCCUUCUCUCUCUCUCAGCACCCACUGCUGGACAUUUUCACGGGAGUGAAGCUGUACCUGCCGCCCUCCGUGCAGGACUUCGACAAACUGCGGCGCUACUUCAUCGCCUACGACGGGGACCUGGUGACAGAGUGUGACACGGCCUCGGCCACCCACGUCAUGGGGGACAUUGAGGACAACCCUGGUGCUCAGCGUGUGUCUCCCAGGUGGAUCUGGGAGUGCAUCCGGAAGAGGAGGCUGGUGGCGCCGUGCUAGCGGGACAGUGACAGUCCUGGCACAGGAGCAGCCCAGAACUAGGUAGGUGGAAGGAAAGGUGCAGUUGUGGACAGACAUAAAAUGCCAGCAGAGGUGCUCACAGAGAUCCACAGCAACACUAUGGAAUAAAUUAAAACAACUCUCUGACGAAAUGUCACUGCUGAAUCCCAUUUUCCUGCCCAUACUGGAGACCACUGCACUCACCUGGGUGUUGGUUUGGUCUCCUCGGGUUUUUAAAGUUUGGGUAUUUUUAUAGAUAAAGAAAUAAAACUGAAGCAGUUUCUCCUUUGC